CAUUAGCAGCAGUUUUGUUUGAGGGGAGUUCUCGUAGUCAGAGAAGUGAAUUUUGCCCGGAAAGGCAAGAAGAGACGGAGAAAAGCACAUACAAACAGAGCGGUUUAACCAAACUUAUGAGCGUCUUGUUUGCUCCCGGAGACCUCCUGGCUGCUUAAUGCGUGGCUUUUACGAUGUUAGGACACUAUCCGAACGCGGAGAAAUCGCAGCUCGUGAGCUAUGUGGAGGAUUACCUGGAGUGUGUCGAGUCGCUUCCUCUGGACAUCCAGCGAAAUGUCUCACUCCUGCGGGAAAUCGACACCAAAUAUCAAGAGAUCCUAAAGGAGGUAGAUGAGGUGUUCGAGAAGUAUAAGAAGGAGGCGGAUGGCGCUCAGAGGAAGCGUCUCCAGAUGCAGCUGCAGCGCGCUCUGAUCAGCAGUCAGGAGCUCGGAGAUGAGAAGAUCCACGUAGUCACGCAGAUGAUGGAGGUGGUGGAGAACCGCUCGCGCCAGAUGGAGGCUCACUCUCCCUGCUUCUUGGACCCCGUCGACGCCGAAAGGCCGCCUGAAAAAUCUCGUCACGAGACAGGAAGUGGCGUGGCUAACGCUGUAGCAGAGCGCGCAUCGGCACGCAGGCCCCGCCGUCAUCGCAACAGCGAGAGCCGUGACUCAUGUUACAGCGCAAAUGGUGCAAACGGGGUUCUGGAGGACCCGAGUGACGAGCCUGCGUCUCAGCCCCCUCGUGAGAAAAAGUCCAAAUCGGCGAAGAAGAAGAAGCGCUCGAAAGCGAAGCCAGAACGCGACGUUUCUCCCGCCGUCGAGUUUAACAUUGACCCGAACGAGCCGACAUACUGCCUGUGUGAGCAGGUUUCUUACGGGGAGAUGAUAGGAUGCGAUAACGAGCAGUGCCCUAUUGAGUGGUUCCACUUCUCCUGCGUUGGACUCACCUACAAACCCAAGGGCAAGUGGUACUGUCCCAAGUGCAGAGGAGACAGUGAAAAGACCAUGGACAAAAGCACAGAGAGGCCCAAGAAGGACCGCCGGUCCAGGUAGUGGCUCAGGAUCGAGUCACAUGUACGGUGACCGAAACAUCAAGCCUGAGCCACGCCUUCGGAAUAUUCCAGACUCUUCCUGCUCCACAGAUUCAUUCUGAUCUUCCUCACACACUAAACAUGAGAACUUUUUUAUUGUAUUAACAUCACCUCAGUGUGCUGAUUGGUCAGAGUUUAAAACAUCCUAAAGCAGUGAUAGGUUAGUUUAUAAACAACAUCUGGAAUGGCUCAGAGAUCUGAUUCGCUGUCGAGCAAAGCGAAAGUGGACUCCGUUUGUGCACUUCCCCUCCACGCAAUCCCCGGGUUAAACCCCAUCCGCAUCCUGGGGGCUGUUCUGUUUGGUUAUCACUUUAUCUGUGCAGAAAGAUGAACGAAUCAGCAUCACUACUCACAUCCCAGAAUGCAUUGCUAUCUUUUUAAACGCUUUACAGCACGUCAUGUUUCAGUACCACCGCCUGUUCAGGCAUCGCGUUGUUUCUCGAGUUUAUUCGUUAGAUUAGACUGAGGGAAAUAAAGGCGCAAGCAGGUGAGGGAGUAUCACAGAGAGCGCGGGAGCAGAAAGCCGACUGCCUAAAGACUUCCUGCGAAAAGACUCACAAAACUGCCGUCAGUGUUUAUAUGAUGCUGAAGAAACGUUUUCAGACUUUAUUUUUUCAUUUCAGAGUCAGUUGUGUUGUAAAAAGAAAAAAACGCACAGGAUUGGAGCCGUGUUUUUUAUUUUUUAUCUUUGGAUUUCAUUUAACACCGAGAAUGCUAAAAUGUCUUCCAGUGUGAGAGAACACUUGUGUGUUUUCGUUGGUUUGACAAGUCUGGUGUAAUAUUGGGUUUGGGUUUUGGGUUUAGGUUUCCUUUACAAGAAAAAAAAGUUUUGUGUAUUUAAAUAAACCUGUGCUUUACA